AUGACAGGUGCGGAUAGGUUUAACAGCCGGAGCUUGGUUAAGGCGCUUGACCACCCGGAACCUUUUGAGGAUUGGCUUCAGGGCACACGUUAUAUGCAAAAGUAUUUGCUUUCCUUGAAAUUUCAAACGUGUCGGGCACCGUACGUCCCGACGAGGCAGGAACAUUCGAAGGCCUCCUACCUCACUAUGUCAAAACGGAAGUGUGUCGACGGAAGUCAGCGUUCUAGGAAGGCCGAUGAGUUAACCACUGAGACCACAGGGGCCGCGGUUGGUGUCGCCACGCCCCUACAGCACGCUGCCUCUGCGGGAGGAGAUUCACAAGGUAGUGUGAGAAAGCACAGUGCACCGCAAAGGAAAGGACGCAAAAGUAGUGACAACUGUGCAGAUACGGCCGCUGUGGACGGUGUUGCUUCGUGCGAUAGAGACUUGCGGGGUAGUCUGCUGCGCUCAUACAACAGAAUAAAGGGAACGUACACGUCUUCAUUUCCUGCCAUGCUUACCCCUUACCGGCGCUCGUAUUGGACGUAUAAACAGAGAGAGAUGACCAAAGAUAGUUAUUCAGGUGGUAGUGGGGGACCGGCGGUAACAGGAGAGUGCGUAUCUGGUGGGUCUGAUCCACAGCAGAAAUCUAAACGCUGCCCUGCUGGGGCUCGGAGUGACGGUUUGCCCUCGACGACUGAGAGGACCUUUCUUACGGGACCACCGCGCUUCUCUCCCACUCCGUUACCAGUCACGCUGAGAAGGAAGCGAUGA